GGGCGGAAGGGGCCAGGCCAGGCUUGUGUUCGGCGCCUUGGCCGGGCUGGGGUUCCGAUGUGGUCUCCGGAGCGGGAGGCCGAAGCCCCGGCCGGGGGAGACCCGGCGGGCCUACUGCCCCCCGAGUGGGAGGAGGACGAGGAGCGCAUGUCCUUCCUGUUCUCCGCCUUCAAAAGGAGUCGCGAGGUGAACAGCACCGACUGGGACAGCAAGAUGGGCUUCUGGGCGCCGUUGGUGCUGAGCCACAGCCGCCGCCAGGGGGUGGUGCGCCUGCGUCUGCGGGACUUGCAGGAGGCCUUUCAGCGCAAGGGCAGCGUCCCGCUGGGGCUGGCCACAGUGUUGCAGGACCUGCUGCGUCGCGGGGAGCUGCAGCGGGAGUCAGACUUCAUGGCCAGUGUAGACAGCAGCUGGAUCUCCUGGGGGGUCGGAGUCUUCCUGCUGAAGCCCCUCAAGUGGACUCUUUCCAACAUGCUAGGGGAUAAUAAGGUUCCUGCCGAGGAGGUGCUUGUGGCUGUGGAGCUGCUUAAGGAGAAGGCUGAGGAGGUGUAUCGUCUGUAUCAGAACUCCCCUCUCUCUUCCCACCCCGUGGUGGCCCUGUCCGAGCUGAGCACCCUCUGUGCUGGCUCCUGCCCUGACGAGAGGACCUUCUACUUGGUGUUGCUGCAGCUGCAGAAAGAGAAGAGAGUCACAGUCCUUGAGCAGAAUGGGGAAAAGAUUGUAAAGUUUGCCCGGGGGCCACAUGCCAAGGUCUCUCCUGUCAACGACGUAGAUGUUGGGGUGUACCAGCUGAUGCAGAGUGAGCGGCUGCUCUCGCGCAAAGUGGAGUCCUUAUCCCAGGAAGCAGAGAGGUGUAAAGAAGAGGCCCGCCGGGCGUGCCGAGCAGGGAAGAAGCAGCUGGCACUGAGGUCUCUCAAGGCCAAACAGCGGACAGAGAAGCGCAUCGAGGCCCUGCAUGCCAAGCUGGACACUGUUCAAGGCAUCCUGGACCGGAUCUAUGCCUCGCAGACAGAUCAAAUGGUUUUCAAUGCCUAUCAGGCCGGGGUAGGAGCCCUCAAGCUCUCCAUGAAGGACGUCACAGUGGAGAAGGCAGAGAGCCUCGUGGAUCAGAUCCAAGAGCUGUGUGACACCCAGGAUGAAGUUUCUCAGACUCUGGCUGGCGGGGUAACCAAUGGCCUAGAUUUUGACAGUGAGGAACUAGAGAAGGAGUUGGACAUCCUUCUUCAGGAUACCACCAAAGAGCCUUUGGAUCGGCCCGACCAUCCCAAUCGCCAGUUUUAUAUCAACAGUGUGCCUGUCCCUAGGAUCUCGGACGCUGAGCUUGAAGCUGAACUCGAGAAACUGUCCUUAUCAGAGGGAGGUUUGGUCCCAAGCAGUAAAUCUCCAAAAAGGCUAUUGGAACCAACUCUCUAAAGCCAUUGAAGGACCCUUAUAUAAAAGAGAGACCAGGCUUGUAAGUGUGUACAUAGUUAUUUAAAGGAGAAGCUCUCUGAAUUUGUUGGGAAGAGGAGGAAGGAGAACCACUCAGAUUUUUCUGGAUGCUACUACUCACUACGGGACAGACACAGCUUCUGCAAGUGUGCUCCAGACUGCUCAUCUUCAUAGUGCCACAAUUUACACCGUUCUGUGUGUGACCUGUCGUCCCUUAGCCUGCAGUUCUUGCCAUUGGCUCAGUUAGGUUUGUCUUCACCCGCCAGCUUUGUUCCAGCUAAUGGAGGUGAAAGACUUGAAACUUUGCUAAAUCAAAAUCAGUCCUUUUCCCCACCCCACUGUUUCUUAGAGGGAUGUGUUCUGUCUGUACAGCCAGUUAAACAGCUUGUCCCAGUCCCACUCCACUGUCAUUGGUAAUGAGAAGAAUGAGAAUCCAACAGCUGCCACUUUAUGCAGAAAGAGACAGUGUAAAAGGUUUUUCUCUAGGGUCAUUUGUCACAUUCUCCAGGUGUUCAGAAAAAGAGGUCACCCUGAGUGGCUCAGAGUCAUGACAUCUGGAGGGGGCUCGUGUGGUUGGUGGUCGCUGCUGCCUCUUCCAUCUUAUGCAGAAGAUCUGACUGGAGAAAGGGAUAUUCUUGGAAUUUCGAACUUGGUGGGGGGAAGCCCAUGUGACUGACUGCAGGGCCCCAAGUGUCCAAACCCGUAUGUUUUUUUUAAAGAGGCAUAAUCGCUGCCUUGCCCCAUCAUGAAUUAACUUAAACGUACCUUCAGUGUAUAUUAUCAGAACAAGCCACACAACAACACACCUCCCCUUGAGCCAGGCACACACCAACAGGCUCUUCGUGUGAAUUUCAGAAGCAUUUUGCUCUGUGCCCACCGCUCAGGGCAGAUGACCUAAGCCAGGCUGUGCAAUAGAAGCAGAAGAUCGGGGUCUGCUGCCGGAUCUGCUGCGUGCCUCCCGGUCCUGCUCUCUACCUGUCCCUGCGUCCUUGAGCCCCGUCUCCCUGCCUCCUUUGAUGGGGGAGGAUGGCGCAGCGGGACGGACAGGAGAAGGGAGCGCUGUGGCAGCAGGGAGAGGAGAUCGCUGCCGGGCUGCACUGCCGCCACAGCGCAAGUACUCCUGCCUGGAGCCCUUCCGGGCGCCCCCGCCCCGCGAGGUGGGGUGCGCGGAGGGGAGGAGUCUGCUCCAGGCCAGGAGCUCCAGUCGCCUUUCAACAAAUUUCCCACUGAAGCUGGGUCACCUGAAAUGUUGGGGGUGAAGAGAAACAAUCACUAUUUUUUCUUUUUUAUCUGGUAAAUAAUUAAAA